AUGGGGCCCAGCCAGUUUGUAGUACAUGUUUGCAGAAGGAUCGCAUAUGUCAAUAUCCACAGUCGUCUCCAGCGGCUGCAAAACCCAAUGUUCAUCAGCUUGCCACUAAAAAACGAGCCUUCAGCGCUUGUCUUGAAACGUCUGGAGCCGCAUCGUUCGUCUCUGCCGGAAUCCCCCUCAGAUGAACGCCCAUCCAAACAGCCCCGAACAUCUCUCCCAAGAGUUCUCAAAGACACUAAUGGAAACCUAGACAUUUCUGUCCCCAGCUCGCAAAAUUCACAAGCGCACCGACGUCGUGCCAGCCCUAGCUUCCAGCUCGUUGGAGCAAUCUCUGAGACUCCACCCGAAUCGGACAAGUCUCAUGAAGGCGAUGAUGAGGGAUCGGUCAUCCAAGAUGAUGAAAAGCUGGACAGUCCUAGCGAUGUCCAGCUGUCUGCUCAUCGCGAUCAAAAUUUUCCUUUCAGAAUCCGCACACUUAGUAAUUACGAAAGAAGGCGACAAUCUCACCAUAUUCGACCACAUACUCCGGAAGAUCCGGAUAUUGCCCUAGAAGCUCAACAAUCUAGUGACUCGGAUGUAUCUGAAGAAGAAGUUAAUGACAAAGAAGAGUCACCAGAACCCUCUGAAGGCGAUAAUGAAACGAAUGACGCCAACUUCUUUCUUUCACGGGUCCGACAAGCUGUGUUCCAGAGAACGGGUGUCUCAAAACCCGGAAGCACAGUUCAAUCUGAUCGAGAGCUAAAGCGAUUAGAUAAAAUGGCAAAUCGGAAGGGAAAAUCAUCAAUAUUAUCUGCUGAUUCAAGGGACCUUCGCCUUCCCCACCGCACUGUUUCCAACAAGUUGGUCUCUACUUAUCUUAUGCGGGAGUUUGUCAAUCUACCGUUAUUCCAGCGGGACACGUUCACUAACCGUUAUGAGAAACUGUGGGGAAAUGUGAAACUGUGGGACUCAGGAACAGAAGUUUUGGAUGAAGAUUGUUUAUUUAUUGGUUUUCUCUUCGGAGUGUUUGCCCUAGCUACCCUGCUACUCAACCCAGGUGACCUUAAAGAUGCUGAACAGUACUUCGCACGUGCACAAAAUCUUGUAUUUCUGAAUGGAAUUGAAAAAGGAGGAAUUUUACAUAUUCAGGUCUAUCUUGUCCUAGCCCAAUAUCUGGUUGCGGAUAAUAAUCUACCUGUUGCAUGGAGGUUUGUCGGACUCGCUAUACGUGCUGGCCAGUCUCUGCAUUUGCAUCUUGUAUCUGGAAGCCACCAUUUGACUUUGAGGGACAACCAGGAGCUAGCUAGACGAGUUUGGCAUUGUUCAUUGAUGCUAGAACGGAUUAUUGCCAUGAAAAUGGGCAUUACAACCUUAACAAAACAUUCUUUUGAAACCCCUCUUCCUAUUCCCGGUGAUCGGGACUACAUCGACCGCCUCUCGUUCAAUGACUCAGCGGACCGAAACGCGACAGUUGAUCGUCCCUCAAUCAUAGAAUUCUUUAACAACUCGACGCGCCUCUACAAUCGAUACAAUGACAUCAUUCUGAUCCAAGAAGAACUCCGAUCAACUAGUAACUCCGGCGCACGCAAGAAGAUUGAUGCCUUCGAUCCCCAACUACUCAUAACUGUCGAUCAAUCCCUCGCCAACUGGCAAGCUGGAUUGCCGCCUUUUCUACACCCAGACACCAACGUCAACUCAUUGAACUACCUCCUAGCGAAGCGACAACACAACAUCCUCCGUAUCCGCUAUCUACACAUGCGUCUCCUCCUCUGGCGCCCGCUAUUGGCCAUAGUUGCGGCCACUUCACCGGACAUUGACGCGCGCUCACAAAUGCAAAAGCCCACCUCCCAACCAUCACGGCGAGGGUUAGCUAUAGAUAAAAUAGAGAUACCGCUGACUCACAUAAUCGCUCAUGAAAGCGCGGUAAAAUGCAUUCUCGCCGCAGCGGAGAUAAUCAAUAUUAUCGACGAAGUCGAGAGUCGUGGUACAGAUGUCAUAAAUGGGUAUGACACCCUCUCCAUACCAGCGGUUUGGGAGACUACAGGAUAUGUGUUUGCAUGUGCGCAGGUUUUCAUUGCUGCUCGCAGGUGCCCUAAGGGCGUAAUUGACGACCUUGGAGGGAUGCAAGUUAUUAGCGAAGGAGCAUGGAGGAGUAUUGAGUUGAUGAGGAAAUAUACCAUUAUUUGGCCUCGCGCGAAAGUUUGUUUGAUGACGUUGGAGAAGUUGGAUUCCCUGUUUCCCCCUGGGAGGGAUGAAUAUACUGAUGGACCACGCGAUAAUGCGAUGAAUGAUUUGUCGUGGUUGGAAUGCCUGCCGAUUGAUCUGCAAGGUUAACGACUAACACAAGGUUGGAUAGAGAUGGUGGUUUGGUAAUUGGAUCGUUGGCUGGCUGGUGUAGACCGAAGAGCUCCUCGCCAGCAGCCGAGUCAAUUGACUAGAUAUUUGUGGCCUGACUGACAAAGAUUGAAGCCCCUGUGAUGGUGUAGGUUUUGCAAAAGUUUGUGCUUUGAUUUUGCGAACACGGCACGCACAUUUGUCUCGUGUUCUCCCUUUUGAGGCUUGGACACUUGUUGGCCGAUUUUUGAUUUAGUUUAUGUAGUCUUCAAGAUGUUAAGAGUCAGUGUAUGUUUUCAGUAAUGUAAUUUCAACCUCUCCGUCGAUGAAUCCCUCAUCCUACUGCUCUUUAUUGUCUUCAAAUUUUGCCGGCCCUUUUUAUUUUUUUUUCUCGCACCCUCUUUCUGCCAUCCCAGGGUCUGCUUUUAGUAACGCUUUUUUAACUUCGAUCCUCAUUAUGGUCUAUUUUGUGCCCUAAAAGCCCUUUCGGCAAAUUUCCCUUUUUCAAAAGCAGAUAUUGACAUCAUUUCUCAUGCGAUCAACAGGAGCAUCUUUCAAUUAAGAAAGAAAUUUAUCUGGAAACAAUCGAAAGCACAUGACUUU